UCACACACAGAGACAGGGAGCACACAAACACACAGCUCACACACACAGACACAGACUGCAGCUCUGAUACAGCCACAAUGCGCUUAUUUUUCAAUAAACACCCGAACGUGCCGAGGUCUCGUGGUGCCUCUAGUACAUCCUGCUGUCCGGUGAUCGCCGGUUCGGCGGUACUUUACUGCGUCACGUGCGAUCAGCCGCUCAGCAGCCGCUGCGUUAUUAACGGCGCACACCGGGACCACCGCCUGAAGGACCUAAAGGACGCUGUUCACGAUCAAGUGAAAAAAUUGAAUGACUUCAGCGGGAAGCUGAUAACCAGAGAAAGGAAGUUUGGUGACUUUACACCGAGGAUUGAAGCAGCAGAGCACGAGCUGGAGGAGUUGUGUAGCCAGACCCAGGAGCUGCUUCAGAAUGAAUACAGUACUCUGAUGACUUUAAUCGAGCAGAAUCGGCAGCAGGCCUUUUUCAUUCUGAACGCACAGAAAGAAGCAAUGAAGCGACAACUCCAGCAACUGUACGAGGAUGCACAGAACUACCAGAGCAAGUCCGCAGCCAUAGUCAAAGAAAUAAAGGAGCUCAACACAAGACAAGACAGCGAGAACCCAGCCAGCCUGCUGGGGGAGAUUAACGCACUAGAGACCAGCAUGCACACGAUGAACGAGUUUUAUACCUCUGUGGACAAGAAGCUGACAAUCGAUGACACAAGACUGAAAGCUCUGGAAAAUUCCAUUAGGAAAAUCGUGGAGAAAAACAAAGAGCUUCUGCCACGCCCAUGGGAAUUCUCAGAGACCAUCACAUUGGACGAGAACAAAGCUCAAGGAAAUGUUCAGAUCUCAGAAGACAAGACAGAGAUGUCAUUGAGCCCUGUGGGUGGUCUGAGCCUUCAGUCUCCAUGGAACAGCACAAGGGCAUCUCAGAGCUUCAAAAGAGGCUUGCAUUACUGGGAGGUGGCAGUAGGAGGCUGUGAGAGCUGGGCCGUCGGAUUAGUGGAAAACAGCCGGGUUAAUGGCAUCCAAACUCUAUCUGCAGGCCAGGAAAAGAAUAUGUGGAUUCUGGAGUGCGAUGGUGGCGAGCUCUCAGUGCUGCACAACAACGACUUUAGCAGAGUCAAAGAAAGCAACAUCGAAACCCUCGGCGUCUUUCUGGAUUGCGAUAAAGGGCGACUGAAGUUCUACAAUGUCAAUACAGGUAGCAUUCUGCACUCAUUUAUUGCCAAAUUUAGCCAUGCCGUGUUUCCCAUGUUCCGCAUGCGUGCACAGAAAGACAGUAUCGCACGACUGAAGAUAUGCAACCUGAUUGACAAAAAUGACGUAGAAUACAUCAGCAGUGCCAACUCCAUGACCUCAGAGUCUCUGAACGAGGAGGCCAUGGAGGUAUCUUCUCAGAGCUCAAAUUAGGAUUUUUUUUUUUUUUUAAAGUGGGGUAGCAUCUAUUUAUUUUAAGUACUGUCUAUAAAAAAUGCAUUUAUUUUAUUACAGUGUUGUGAAGAUAGGGUUAAUGAAGGUAUGUUACACACCAUAGCUAAGCUGUAUCUGUGCAAUAAAUAAUUUAUGAUGUGAAAUUUAUUUUGUUUUUAAUAUAUAUCCUGAUGUAUAUUUGUAUAGAUCGAUGUUAAAAUGUAAAUGUUUUAUUAAAAUUCUGAAAAAUGA